UUCAAGUAUAAAAUAAACAUUUGAUGGCUUCUGGGAGGCUGAAUAGCUUCGUCUAGACUCCUCCUCUCGUCGUUGGUUCGUUCUCUCUAAUCUCUACGCCGCCUCAACCCGUUCAUCUCUUUCUGUUCUACCAUGGCUCGCAGAAGCUCCGGAGGUCGUUCUGCUCGCCCAGCUCCUCGUCGUGCCCCAGCACCUGCUCCAGUUCGCCAGGCACCUCCCCCAGCUCCUGUACAAAGUGGAAGUGGUGGAUCUAUGCUUGGGGGGAUUGGAUCAACCAUAGCUCAGGGAAUGGCUUUUGGAGGUGGAAGUGCUGUAGCACACAGGGCUGUGGAUGCUGUGAUGGGUCCUCGCACCAUUCAGCAUGAGACGGUAGCAUCUGAGGCCUCUGCUGCUCCAGCAUCCAUGGCCAACUCUGACGCUUGCAGUAUUCACUCUAAGGCAUUCCAAGAUUGUGUCAGCAACUUUGGAAGUGACAUCAGCAAGUGCCAGUUCUACAUGGAUAUGCUGUCCGAGUGUAAGAAGAACUCUGGCAUGUUGAGCGCCUAAUUGCAGCUUCGUUUGCCUAUGGCUUGUGGAGCAACACCUGAUUUGAACUUUUCGGCUAUGUUAUUUAAUAAUGUUCUAGUCAUGAGGGUGCUAAAACAUUAUGCAUGGCAUUCUAUUGUGGAAUAAAUUUUUUUUUAUAAACUUUAAUUGAAAGUGAUGGACACCGGUGGGGGAGCUAAUUGGAACUGA